GCAGCACACACCCGUGGUGCAAAUUAUUUCUUUCGCGACCUGCUCCCUCGGAGAAGCAGAACCAGCGGCUGCCUUCCUCCUCCCCACCCCCUUCCGCCGACCAGAGUUGCUCUCCUGCCACCAUGGAUUCCAUCGCGACACAUUCCACCCUCCGGGCGACAUCAAAUCACAACCCCGGGCCUGUAAGCACUGUGUCGGUUGCGUCGCCACCUCACAGCUCAAGCCACCAGGGCCAUUCUAGCCAGCGAGACAAUAUCAACAAGACUUCAAUAAGUGAAACCUCGGCCUUUCUCGGCGACGGAGAUGACGGCGGCCACUCGCAGCAGGUAUUUGACCCAGUUUCGUGUCGGAGCACUACGUCGGCUGGGUUUUGGGGCGAUCUUAGCCUGGAUAUUCUGCAAAUACUUCUGGUCAUCCCGUUCAUCGUACUCGGCAUUAUCGUGCUCGUCGAGAACGGCAAGACGACCACCGAGGUCGGCUGGUUACCCCAUAUCAUCACCGCGGCAACUUACGGUCCAACUAUCUUCCCUCUACUAUUUGCGUCAGUUGUCGGCCGGUUUAUGAAGGCUGCCGAGUACUGGAAGCUAGAGCGUCGAUCUACAAUCGAAACAAUCGAGCAGCUCCACGGCAGCCGCACCGUUAUCUCGGCUUUUAUAACCCAGUUCCAGCUCCAAAGCUUCAACCUUUUGGGGUUCGGCAUCGUCCUUAUUUGGGCCCUCUCCCCCGUCGGAUCACAGGCAGCACUUAGGGUCGGUGCAAUCGUCCCUGUCGUCAACAAUAUUGGUCUCGAUCUAUCAUAUCUGGACGUAAGAUCAACGUAUAACCCAAACGACUCUGAUUACUCCAAGUUGCUCGCCGGGACCCUAUUUACCACAUCCAUUCUAAUGCCUGCAAGGGCCCAGUCGGAGGAUGCCUGGGACGUUUGGGGUAACGCGCGGAUCCCAAUGGUUGAAAGUCUGGAUGGCUCAACGUCAGACAUGGGCUGGAUAUCAACUGAAGGUCGCAACGUCUCGUACGCAUCGCUCAUUGGCAUUCCGAUGCUUGUCAACUCGACCCUCGAGGCGGCCGAAGGCGUAAACGUUUCAUUCUCUUUCGACACGUCGUAUUGGUGGCUUAACUGCAGCACCCAGCAAGUCACAAACGCCUCCUGGGCGUUCCCCGACUCUUUGCCCAACAGCACAUUUGGCGACGGCACCACACGCAUGGCAUGGACAAGCAAUUUUCGUGUCAUCGGUUCCAACCCAGAAGUUCUGCCCCUAAACGACACUGAGGCGGCCAAGGUUUGGGGCGGGUUCCCGUGGGAGCCCCGCCGUGUGCACUUGUUAGCCAACAACACGCGCGGGAUCGGGACGAGGUUCGCUGCCAGCUGCAAUUUAACGACAACCUUCGUCAACGUCAACUCUACCUGCAGCGGUGCCGGUACCGCCCGCUCGCUCCAGCGGUGCCGUGCGACGGCUGUCCGGCAAACACACUUGAACGCGACCCGAAGCUCAAUCUCGAUCCUCGACAUGAUCGGGGUCGGCCGCCCAGAUAUGUUUUUCGAAAACUUCCUUUCAGCGUCCGAAACCCCUACCGGCCCCGGCCGCCGGGCCCCUGCCCUAAGCCCACAGGUCGGCUACCUCGCCAACCCGCGCGCCCCUUUCGCGUUCCACACUGAUUGGGCCGACUGGAGGGAGGUAUCAGCUCGCGACUUCAGCAUCCGCUUUACCCACAUGCUCAAUACGUACUGGAUUAGCGCCAUCGGCUAUAAGCCCGUACAGGGCGAUUUUACGAGACGCAUGGAACGCCCGAGUGCCCCUGGCGGACUCGGCGGGAAUGGCAUAUUUGUGGAAACGAACCAAGGCGCCGCGGGCAUCCCUCGACAAGCAUUUAAAGCGGACGUUAUAUGGACGGCCGUCCUGCUGCUAGCCUCGGCAGUAUUGUUAAGUGCCGCUGCGGCAACACUGGUGCUAAACCUAGGACGCAAGUACCCCGAUGGAUUGGAAAACUUUUCGAGCCUGCUUUGCAAUACCCCAUACGCUCGAAUAGUAUCGGAUGGGCAAAGGUGGCCUGCAACUAUAUCGUCCAUGUUGACUGGGUUCGAACGGGCUAGGCUGCUCAAAAAUGUGGAGGUCCAAGUUGGCGAUGUGGCACCAACUGCGCCUUAUGGCUACGUUGCUUUGUGCACGCCUGCGACGAUUAACAUGGAAAGAUUAAAAAAAGAAAGGCAGUAUCUGUAGCUGUCACAAAGGAGGCUAUCACCAAGGGCCGGCACACUGUUCCAGGCCUUGGCACGGAGGAUCUGCACGGACACCGGUGUCCGCACCGGUAUUGCACCGGGCAGAUGCUUACCGAGCACUCGUCGGCAAUAACAGGGGUGCGGUAGUGGGUACCGCACCUGCAAGAAAGGGGAUCACUGUAUAUAAGGAGGGCACAAGGCCGAGGGCCUUCUGCCCGUCUUCCCUUCUCUUCAGAGAUAUAGAUAAGCAUACAAUAGACUCUAUCUUGCAC